GUCGCACAUAUCGACUUGCGACACCCAGUGCGACGCGACAGGCGCCCACCUCACUCGAAACGUUCUAUUGAUACAUCUACGCGUGGACCGAUGCCGAGCUUCACGGUCUAUAUCGACCAAGAGCCGACUCCGGCACCGUCAGCGAAACCGAAGGGGCUUGGAAGAUCACUGUCGGACGGUGCCCUGUCAGUGUCAAGUUCAAGAUCAUGGAACUCCACGUCGGCUUUAGGAGAUGACCUGCGAAUUGACAAGAACAAGGAGAACCUCCACCCACUUACCGGCGAGCAAGCGCAAUCGGUGGCUGCUCUAUACAAGUCGCUGAAGCAGAAGAAGGAGAAUGCCGUCGCAGACGUCAUCACACGCAAACGGAAGACCGGCGUCCUGGAGACGAAGGUCAUCUCCGCUCCUGCUGCGAAGAAAGCGAAGCCCUGUGAAGCCAACUCGGGUCAGAAGACACGCCAGCCGUUGACUCGCUCAGUCAGCCUCCCCGGCUCGUUGAACACAUCGCCAGAGACCAGUCCGAGGUCAAAAGCGAAGGCGGUGAGGGCCAGGGCUCCUCCCAAGAGGCGUACCAGGCAGCCUGCACUACCCAGCGUUGUUGAGGAUGAAGAGGAACACGAGGUAGCCCGGCUUUUGUUCUCAUCGCCUCCACGGCGGCCAAGCCGAUCUAUCACUAUGCCUGAACUUCACGCGGUUGCUCCAACUCUGGAGGCUCAAGCCGUCAUCGAUGCUCGCUGUUAUGACUUGACCGUAGCUCCUCUUGCGGACGUUUCGGAAGCUUACGAGGGGUCACCAUCCUCUGAGCGGGCCCCUAAGGAUGUAUGUCAACCUGAGUCACGUUCCAAAACACCGUCGCACAGCCUUGAACUUCGCGACUACUUCUCAUCUCCGGCCACCUGCUCGCAGUCGAUCGACUCCCCCGUCACAACUGCCUCCAAUGUUGACCGAAGGAGCUGCGCACCCUCUCCAUCAUCACCAGCAUUCCGUCACAGCCAAGCCCGCGAUAUCUCAACACCAAGCGAACCCGUCCGUACAUAUGACAUCACCGAGCCCUCCAGCGACGACACCGCUUCCGACACCACUAUGACCAAAUUGACAUACCCCAGUGCCUUCGACCUCUACUCGUCUCCCUCGCACUCGCCCGUCGAUAUUACCAAGUCCUCGUUGCCCGUUCUCAGCUCCUCUUCCCCCAUCCGAGGCAGCGAUUCCGAGUUCAGCACGCCCCAGCGGAACCAGAUCUAUAAGGCGUUCACGUUCGAGAGCCCGUCGCCUGCCGGAGAGCGCAUGCACCGCACGCAGCGGGAGCGAAGCACGAGCGUCGACCGUUUCGGGGACAUUCCGUUCGCGUUCUGACCAAGCGCUCGCUUGCUGCAUAUCCCCUCACGGUCACCUUCAUCUCGAAAUCGGCAAGGACCGCGAGGGAUCUUGCAUGGUGCAUGCCAAGCUAUCGACCGAAGGACUCAAGGAUUCCAUUCCACCGGGUCAUCGUCGUAAGGUUCCAUACCGUCGUUCCGGCAUCUUGCAAAUACGUGUCCCUGCAUUGUUUUUCAUAUCCUAUCCAAUAUCGCAUCUACACAUUGUCUCUUCUUGGUUCCCUGUUCAAAUCAUACAGUUUUCACAUAGUGUUCCCUCCUGUUCUCCAUUCGGCUUCGGCCGCACCACAUCCAUCGAGUCACUGUUAUACCUGCAUUAGUUCGUGCCACACUCGCGUUGACCUGGACCCUCAUCCGCAUCCAUCACGCUCAUACACGCACAGCUUCACGCAUACUUACGUUCCGCUGCAUAACGCACUACACACUUGCUUACUUACG